UCAUCCACCAACAAGAUGAUGAAACUGAUUGUUUGUUUGGCACUUUUCGCCACAGUCUACGGUGACGUCAGCCACCUGUUGCGCAGACCCUCCAACCAAAUUCUGACACCCCUGCAGCCAGUCAGGGCUCCAGUUUACCAUCCCGUUCAAACCGCCCCCGGACAAGUGAUCGCCAUCCUCCGUCAGGAAUCUGACAUCAGCCCCGACGGCAGCUACAGAUGGGCUCUUGAAACCGAAAACGGAAUCGCCGCCCAGGAACAAGGUGUUGGAGCUCAAUCUGCUCAAGGAAACUUCGCCUGGACUUCCCCCGAAGGAGUACCAGUAGCCAUCCAAUAUGUAGCCGACGAAAACGGUUACCAACCAUCCGGUGAUGCCAUCCCACAACCACCACCAAUCCCAGCCGCCAUCCAGAGAUCUUUGGAAUGGAUCGCCGCCCAUCCACCACCACCAGAGAACAAGAGAUUCUAAAUGUGUUUUAGUGUGAUUAAGGAUACUGUUUUUGUUUAUUAAGUAAAUAAAUAUUUUAACAAGUUAA